AAAAUUCAUCCCACCAAAGAAUUUAAGAUCACGUGACACUGUACCUGAACUGACAAUCUGACUCUACAUUCAGAGGUAAGAGAAAUAAACGAGAGUAAGAAUAAGGCAUAAUGUAAUACAGCAAUAUUCAACCCCCGUAACCCCCCAACCCCCCAUACAAAUCCAACAACGUACACCGAAGAACAAAAAGCAACUCCAAACUUAUGUCAGUGAUCAGCGACAUCCCCACCAGAUCAAAUGACGCAACCCCCGCCAACGGCCAAACCGGCUGAGUCCUCCAUUAUCUUACCUCCUACAACUCCAACUACUCAAUCUCACUCUACGCCUGAAAAAAAUGUCUCCGAGGUGCUUCAUCAUCCGCCACGGCGAAACCGAAUGGUCUCUCAAUGGCCGACACACGGGAAUCACGGAUCUACCCCUCACGGAGAACGGUGAGAAGCGUAUCAAGGCAACCGGGAAGGGGUUGGUGGGUGAUGACCGGCUGAUUGUUCCUAAGAAAUUAGUUCAUGUCUAUGUCUCUCCCCGCUCCCGUUCUCAACGAACUCUGGAGCUCCUGGAAAUCGGCUGUCGAGAAAGACUUCCCUGGACAGAGCGCAGGAAAUCCGAGAGCGAAGAGGCCAUCCGGACAGAAGCCAAGGUCGAGGUUACAGAGGCCGUCCGGGAGUGGGAUUAUGGCGACUAUGAAGGAUUGACAAGCAAACAAAUCAAGGAGAUGAGGGCACAGAACGGACAGGAACCGUGGGAUAUCUGGCGAGAAGGAUGCCCUGGUGGAGAGUAAGUGCCACUACAGACGCAACAAAAACCAUUGAAAAUGGGGAUAUUUUUGAAUUGUGAGAGCCACCUGCUAAACCAUAUCUGAAUAGGUCCCCCGAAGAUGUCAUUCGUCGUCUCGACGCCGUCAUUGCCGAUAUCCGGUCGAGAUUCCACAGCAAAUGUUUCGAUGGGUCCUCUGAAAACGGGGACGUCCUCAUCGUCGCUCACGGCCAUAUCUUGCGCGCGUUCGCCAUGCGCUGGACCGGAAAGCCAUUGUCGGAUACCUCGCUGAUCUUGGAGGCUGGCGGUGUGGGAACACUCAG